AUGCCCAAGCCGACGGUUUCCCUGGCCAUCUUUCUUGGAUACCCCUUUGAAUCUUCGUUGUUGAACGUCUUUGGGCUAUACUGGUCAAGGCUGUCUCAAGCCCGAUAUUAUACGUCCAUAAAGUUGGCUUGAUCGUUCAGGACAGUAUGGAUCCGCAGAAACUUCCCGCAUUCCCGACCCUCGAUGUCGUCGAGAAGAUCAUUCUGCACGAAAAGCAAGGCAACACUGUACCUGUCUAUGUCGAACUCCCCGGGGACCUCAUCACACCUGUCAUGGCAUACCUGAGGAUAGCAAAGGACUCGAUGUACAGCUUCCUCCUGGAGUCAGUCGUGUCGGGAGAGCACCUUGCCCGGUACAGCUUCAUUGGAGCUGACCCCUUGAAGGUCGUGAAAACCGGACCGAACGAAGAGAUCACUGGCGACCCUAUGACGGCGCUGCAGAAGGAGCUAAGCGUCUACCGCUACGUCAAGAUCCCCGAGAUUCCGACCUUCACCGGCGGCGCCGUCGGCUACGUCUCUUACGACUGCGUACAACAUUUCGAGCCCAAGACGGCGUGCGAGCUCGCGGACCCGCUCGGGAUCCCGGAGACCGUAUUCAUGCUCGUCGACACGCUGCUCAUCUACGACCACCUCUUCCAGACGCUCAAGGUCGUUGCCCACGUUUUCUGCCCAGACGACGCGAACACGGUCAAUCUCGCUUUCAUAUAUCAGACCGCCGUCGCGAAGGCGCGCCGACUCGCGAAAAACGUGCUCGCCCAGACGACGCCCGAACCGCCGCAGGCGCCGAUCCCCGCGUCCGCGCUCGGGCGCGAGGCGGUGUCGAACGUUGGGAAGGAGGGGUACGAGGGCUUCGUGACCAAGCUGAAGGAGCGCAUCGUCGCAGGCGAUAUCAUCCAGGCCGUGCCGUCCCAGCGCGUCGCGAAACCGACGGCGCUGCACCCGUUCAACGCGUACCGCCAGCUGCGGCAGGUGAACCCGAGCCCGUACAUGUUCUAUAUCGACCUUGGCGAGUUCCAGAUCGUCGGCGCAUCGCCCGAGACGCUGUGCAAGGUCGAGAAGAACAAGGUGUACAAUCACGCGAUCGCGGGUACGGUGAAGCGCGGGAAGACGGUCGAGGAGGACGAGAUGUUGGGCGCGCAGCUGCUCGGCAGCGAGAAGGACCGUGCGGAGCACAUCAUGUUGGUGGAUCUGGCACGGAACGACGUGAAUCGGGUGUGCCAGCCCGAGACGGUCAAAGUGGACCACCUCAUGAAGCUCGAAAAGUUCAGCCACGUUAUACAUCUGACAUCGCAAGUAUCGGGGCAAUUGCGCGAUGGUCUGACCAGAUUCGAUGCCUUCCGUUCAAUAUUCCCAGCCGGGACCGUCUCCGGCGCACCAAAAAUCAAGGCCAUCGAGUUGAUAUACUCACUGGAGAAGGAGAGGCGCGGGGUGUAUGCGGGUGCGGUCGGGCGGUUCGACUUCGCAUCUGACGAGAUGGACACAUGCAUCGCAAUCCGGACCAUGUUGUUCAAGGACGGGAUGUUAUACGGUCAAGCAGGCGGCGGCAUCGUUUUUGACAGCGUUGAAGAGGACGAAUGGUUCGAGACCGUCAACAAAUUGCAAGGCAACGUUCGGGCCAUCGAAGCAGCUGAACGGUAUUGGCACGAAGGCCAGUCUGGCAGUGCGAGGUGAUAAUAGCAAUAGUAUAUGUACUGUAAUGCGAUGAGGAUGCAGGCGAAGUCUAGUAUAAUGGGGUUGCGACCUCUGCCUCUUCACGAGCACGAGCACGAGCAGCUUGUCGCCUCGCCUCCCUCUUCUCCUCUGCGAUCUCUUCACGUUCUGCCCUCUCUAUGUCCCGCCGCUCGAUCUCCGCCUUGAUUGCAACCCCCUCCCGGCCCGCUAUGCUGAGCACGCCCGCGAUCAACUCUGCCGUGCGCGUGCUCUCGUCGUUCGCCGGUAUGGGGUACAUGACCACGCGCGGAUCGACGUUGGAGUCGACGAUGCCGAUCGUCGGGACGUGCUCGAUCGCGCACUCGCGAAUGGCAGCGAGGUUCGCGGCCGGGUUGAGGAACACGACGAGGUCGGGCACGACCUUGAACGCCGCGACCUGCUCCUCGCCGAGCACCUUCUCUUUGUUCGUCAGCGUGCCGGGUAACCAGCGGUAGCCGACGUGGUAGCCCUGUGGUCCGAGACGCUCUGCCGCGCGCUUGACGGCCGGGCGGAGGUCUGGGCGGCUGCCAACGAAGACGACGGAGCCGCCGCGAGAGGUGACGCCACGCACGACGUUCGCUGCGCGUCGGAGGAGGGGCAGCGUCGCGUCCAUGUCGAUGACGGUGAUCCCGGCGCGGGUGCCGUACGCGUAGGGCACGAAGUUGGGGUUCAUGAGCGAGGUCGAGUGUCCGAGGUGGGCGCCGGCGGCGAGGAGGGCGGAGAGCGUCGUUUCGUUCGGCCCUGUCGGUCGGUGCAGGGUGUGGUGCGGCUGCCAUGUAUUCUCUCGGUUUUGGGUCGAGCCGAAUUGGGACAUGUGGUCGACAAGGUUCUUAUACGCUGCCCUAUUUUCCUGGAGCUCUGUCCAGUCUUCCGGGGUCUCCAAAUAUUCCGGGUGAGCAGCCGACGUCGGUGCCGUCGACGCAGACCGGCUCGGAUGUCGCGACGCUACGCGCACAUUUCUCCGUCGCACUACGCGGGUCGCGCUCCCUAGCCACGAGCGUAAGCUGGUGCCCGCUGGAGUCGCCAUGAGGAGUUAGCGCGAGCGGCGCAAGGUGUGGCGAAGUCGGGGGAGAGUGGUCAGAGCACGUGGGCUUCGGCGCACCAUCAGCUCCCGCAUCGAUUUUUUUCUUCUCACCUCCCUUCACCUUCCGCCUAUUACCCUCUCUCCCUCGUCCCCGCCCAUCUCGCCCGCAAAAUGGAUGAUCUCUUCGAAGGCGCCGUCGGUAUCGACCUUGGCACCACCUACUCCUGCGUCGGUGUAUGGCAGAACGACCGCGUAGAGAUCAUCGCCAACGACCAGGGCAACCGCACAACACCGUCAUACGUCGCCUUCUCGAACGAGGAGCGCCUCAUCGGUGAUGCGGCAAAAAACCAGGCCGCGAUGAACCCGCGCAACACCGUCUUCGACGCGAAGCGGUUGAUCGGCCGGAGAUUCGACGACCCCGAUGUCAAGAAGGACAUGACACACUGGCCCUUUGAGGUCGUUGAAAAGGACGGAUCACCUCUGAUCAAGGUCCAGUACCUCGGCGAGGAGAAGACCUUCACUCCCCAGGAGAUCUCCUCCAUGGUUCUCUCCAAGAUGAAGGAGAUCUCUGAGGCCAAGCUUGGCAAGACCGUCAAGAAGGCCGUCGUCACCGUCCCCGCCUACUUCAACGACUCCCAGCGACUCGCCACCAAGGAUGCUGGUGCCAUCGCCGGUCUCGAUGUCCUCCGUAUCAUCAACGAGCCUACCGCGGCCGCCAUUGCCUACGGUCUCGACCGUCAGUCGAAGGCGGAGAAGAAUGUCCUCAUCUUCGAUCUCGGUGGUGGAACUUUCGAUGUCUCCCUCCUCAACAUCACCGGCGGUGUCUUCUCCGUCAAGGCGACUGCCGGCGACACUCACUUGGGUGGUGAGGACUUCGACAACACCCUCCUUGAGCACUUCAAGAAGGAGUUCCUCCGCAAAACCAAGCUCGACAUCUCUGAAGAUCCUCGUGCCCUCAGGCGGUUGCGCAGCGCUUGCGAGCGUGCUAAGCGCACCCUUUCCUCGGUCGCUCAGACUACCGUUGAGGUCGACUCGCUCUUCCAGGGCGAGGACUUCUCCGCGAACAUCACCCGUGCCCGUUUCGAGGAAAUCAACGCGGCGAUGUUCAAGUCGACCCUCGAGCCCGUUGAGAAGGUCUUGAAGGAUGCGAAGAUGCCCCGCGAGAAGGUCGAUGACAUCGUCCUCGUCGGUGGCUCCACCCGUAUCCCCAAGAUCCAGUCGCUCGUGUCCGAGUACUUCGGUGGUCGUCAGCUCAACAAGUCGAUCAACCCCGACGAGGCCGUUGCCUACGGUGCUGCCGUCCAGGCCGCCAUCCUCACCGGCCAGACCUCGGACAAGACUGCGGACCUCGUCUUGCUCGAUGUUACCCCGCUCUCGCUCGGUGUCGCGAUGCAGGGCGAUGUCUUCGGUGUCGUCGUGCCUCGCAACACCCCCAUCCCGACCAACAAGAGCCGGACGUUCACCACCGUCGAGGACAACCAGACGACGGUCACCUUCCCCGUGUACGAGGGUGAGCGCACCCAGUGCCGCGACAACCGUCUCCUCGGCGAGUUCGAGCUCAACGGCAUCCCGCCCAUGCCGCGAGGCCAGGCUGAGCUCGUCACCACGUUCGAGGUUGACGCGAACGGCCUGCUCAAGGUCUCGGCGAUGGACCGCGCGUCGGGCCGGAAGGCGUCGAUCAGCAUCACCAACUCGGUCGGCCGUCUGUCGUCGGCGGAGAUCGAGCAGAUGGUGAAGGACGCGGAGCAGUUCAAGCAGGCGGACAAGGAGUUCUCGGCGCGCCACGAGGCCAAGUCGGACCUGGAGGCGUACAUCCACCAGGUCGAGAGCACGAUCACGUCGCCCGAGAUCGGCAUGAAGCUCAAGCGCGGAGCGAAGGGUCAGGUCGAGGCCGAGCUCGCGCGCGCGCUCGAGAAGCUCGAGAUCGAGGACUCGACGGCGGACGAGCUGCGCAAGGCUCAGCUCGGCAUCAAGCGCGCCCUCCAGAAGGCGACCGCUGGCAUUCGGUAAAACCAAAAACCCGUCAGCCCGUGCAUCAUCAUCCCUCUCUUGCUCCCUCACCACUCUCAUGGCAUUUGUUUCCUGCUGUUCUUUCCUCACCCAUACGUACGAUUGUCGAUGAUGUUCGCUGUGCAUGUGUCAUCCGCGAUGUACUCUGUUAGUGUCGCAUCAAAACGCAACUUGCUCUCUUUUUUGGCCUUGUACGCUUUAUUGUGCGCUUGGACCGCGAAAGUGCUGUGCGAAUGUGUAGACUACUAUAGGGACACGAAGGCUAGAUGAUCAGGCCGAUUCGUCGUCGCUAUCUGACUCCCUGUCCAUCUGCUCGUGUACCGCGGCCUCCAAGGCCUCAAGGUCCCAACCGAUCUUCUUCUUUUGCACUCGUACAGCCGCCAACGACUUGCCGAGGUCGCGGACGGUUUCGUCCGGCUGCAGCGCGAUCCAUACCAGGAAAUCGUCGAUCCAUAUCUUGCUGAAGACGUAGUAGACGUCGUGGUGGUCGAGAAUGUGCUUCAGUUCGAGGAGGCAGCGGAUAACUGCACGUUUGCCUGAAGCGAGAUUCAGCGUCGGGUAUGAUGGGAGUUGGAUGAGGAAAGACGAGCUUACCCUUGGAUAGGAAAGACGCGACAUCCGAUUUGCAUGCUUCGGCGAGAGCCCAAGAGCGGUAGAGCGGGAACGCGAGUACGCGGCGGUAAGAUGUGAUGACGGUCGCCUCCAGCACCUCAACCGGGAACAUGAAGGACGGCGACGCGAUGUGUGGUUGUGCAGAUGACGGGAGUUGUAUUGACGAGGUCUUUGAAUAACGUUCGCGCCCGGGUAGCACCAGCAGGUCUGCGACCUCUUCCUCUUCGUCCACUGCUGGCUCUGCCUCGCGGGGAACUUCAUACGGCGCGGGGUCUAGCGCUGCGAAGGCGGGCACGAGAGACGCGAUCGUCCACGCGCUCUCGGGCGUAGGAUCCUGCUGCGUCGUGCGGGCGUCGUAUGCAUAGGCGAAGAGGAUGGUGAGCAGGGUCAGGUACAGCGCAUGGGUCUGCGGGGGUGUUGCGAGGUAUUCUUUUCGAGGAAGGUUAAGCAUUAUCAUGUUCUCCGCUUCGGUGAAUUCGAUGUCCGAAGCGUCGCUCAAAGAGAGCGGGUGGUUCCAAUGCAGCAGCUCCUGAAUGUAUUCGUCGUCGCCAUAGUCAGCCAUGUAGUACUCCGGAUCCCACUUCUUUUCCUCUCGCGAUAGUCGCCGCCUUCGGCGUUCCUGCCAGUCUAAUGCUUCAAUCUCUGUCGCAGCCUGCCCGUCUGUAAGCUCCGACAAGAUGACCUCGUUUUCGGAAUGCGACGUAUGGAGGAAGUAGCUCGAGUGCAUGUCCAGGAAGCCAUACGGUUUACGUAGGGAAGUGUGCAGCGGUUGUUCAACGGACUGAGGAAGGCGCCAGUCAUUUUCAGCAGCUUUGAGAAUCUCUAGACGUUCCUCGUCAAGAUUCAAUCUAUUCAUGUCUUCCGCAAGCCCAGCAUCAUGGUCCUCUUGGCUUUCUGGGUUGGACGAGUCUUGUGAGUGCAAAACUUCGAUGACCGGCGCCUUCGUCUCCUGCCUAGGAGCUAGGAGCUUUGGAAGUAGGUCGAGGUCCGCGAAGUGCUGCCCCUUCUGCUCUUUCUUCAGCGUGACGGUGAGCCAUCCGGAGCUCGCAUCGUAGUGCGCGUUUCCGAGCGGCACUUCCGCCGGGUCCGACCUUUCCUCUGGAUUAACGACGGGACCUGGGAGGUUGAGACGCAGAAAGUAGGGAGAGAUGUGAAUGGUGACAAGGCUGUGGUCGAUCGAUACGUCUAGUUCGGAUGCCUACCGGACAGACGGGCAAUAUAGCGAGAUUGUGACAUCGCCUUCAGUUUGCGCACAAGAAAACCGCGGAGUAAU